AUAAGCAAGAUUAGUUUCUUUAAGAUCUUUUACAAAAUCAYCAUGGCACAAAAUAAAGCUUUAGGCCUCAAAGUAUCAAUCGCCCUUCUCGCUUCCAUUAUGAUAAGUCUAGGAUCGAGUAGUAUCAUCGUUAUACCGGCACCUACCAAUCACAUCAAGAGUGUCGACGCCUGGUGUACUAGCUUUACUGGGCAUUUAUCAAGAACUAUUCAACAAUUUGGAAGUGUACGAUUUAAUAAGACAUCACAAACGACGACUGCAGCGCCAGCUAAGGAGUCCAUGAGAUUGGCCUUCGAUCACCGGGAUUUGAAAAUCUAUUCCAUUCUAYUGGACGACGUCAUGAACGUUGCUGGAAAUGUAACUCUAGUCGGGGCACGAAUCCAAAGCUGUAUAUCCAGAAAUAAAGUAGGGAUGUCGGCUUUGCUUGGCGCCAUGGAAUUGUCUAAGCUAUAUCUCAACGGCACCAUUCCCACCCACCCUGUGGUKAUUUCAAGUUCUGCUCCGAUUCAGACUUACAAGAACAUCGCUACUCACAUGGCUGCUCUGAAGAAACAGUUUAAAGACCUUGCCCUGCUAUACUCAAACUUUUUCACUGCCUCUGUUAUUGUAAAGCCAGUUCAUUGAAAAACGAAGACCAUGGCGUAAAAUCCCUUAAUUCAUUUAAUCUAAAACUAGGAAAAGAUUUGGAACCAUGGAUACAUGGACGAAGGAAUGKCGGAGCAGAUGGSCUAACUAAGACACCUUCAACGUAGUAAAAUAAAACAUAUAUCAGUAAUUUUUUAAUACCAAUUAAAAAUAUGUUUAUCUGAA